ACCCUGAUUUAAUGAUUUAUAAUUCAAUUCCAUAUAUUCUACCGGAGAUAUUAAGAGGAAAUGAAUUUACAAAGAAGGGGGAUAUUUAUAGCUUUGGUGGAAUUAUGUAUGAAGUGGCUACUGGAAACAAACCAUUUGCUGGCCAAAAACAUGAUAUCUAUAUUUAA